GCCCAGCAACUCCAAUCUGGCUACACCGUCCAGCGAGAGUGCCCCCGCGUCCCCACGUAGUUCGACCUUGAACGGAGUGCAAGCAGGCGCUAUCGGCGGAGGGUUUGGCCCCUACUCAUAUCCUCUCCCGGUUACCCGAGACAGCGUACACUCGAAUUCGCGGUUCAGCCAUGCGGCAUCCCUGGCUCCUUUGAGUCCGUUGUUGCGUGUGAACACCGCUUCUAUAUCGCCUCAGUACUGGGAGGGCGACCCGGACUUGGACGAUGCUCUGCACAAUCCUAAACGACCAGACCCUUCGCGCAGUUUCACAUUGCUCUCCCUGCGUGGGUGGGUCAAUGCGACUGCGUUGUUGGUGUUGGUGUUCGGACUUUUGGCGUUGUUCAUUGGUUACCCUGUGGUAUCGGCUGUGCAGGGCAAAUUGCAAACUAAAGGGACUUUCAAUAUCGCGAUCAACGGAACCGGACAAGUCCCCGUAUUGCCCGGUAUGCCGACGCUCAUCGACGCCGAUACGCCCGAGAGUGCCUACUCAAGGACUGGAAUAACGGAUGGAAAGAAGUACAAUCUCGUCUUCAGUGACGAGUUCAAUCGGGACGGGAGAACAUUUUUCCCUGGCGAUGAUCCUUACUGGGAAGCGGUUGAUCUGCACUACUGGCCGACCGGUGACCUUGAGUGGUAUGACCCGUCGACAAUAACCACCGCGAAUGGCAAUCUUGUUAUCACGAUGUCAGAAGUGUGGAAUCAUGACUUGAAUUUCAUGAGUGGAAUGUUGCAAUCUUGGAACAAGCUCUGCUUUACUACGGGCUACUUGGAGGUCCGGCUCAGCUUGCCUGGGUCCGUAAAUACGCCUGGUUUCUGGCCAGGCGCAUGGACCAUGGGGAACUUGGGCCGCGCUGGUUACGGUGCUACCACCGAGGGUAAUUGGCCGUACUCGUACGAUUCGUGUGAUGUUGGAACCUUGGCCAACCAGACACGCCCAGACGGGACCCCUACUAUCGUGAAAACAGGAGGCAGCGGGAAUGUACUCAGCGAACUUCCUGGACAGCGGUUGUCGGCUUGCACAUGUCCUGGCGAGGACCAUCCAGGCCCUGAUGUCACUGUUGGACGGUCUUCGCCCGAAAUCGAUAUGAUCGAAGCUCAGAUCGACACCACCAUUCCUCGGGGCCAGGUCUCUCAAAGUUUCCAAGUCGCGCCUUUCAACUUGAACUGGGACUUUGACAACGCGACCAUGAAGAUUGUUGACACCAAUCUCACGAAACUGAACGGAUAUCGAGGCAGUCAGACACAGCAAGCCGUCUCCGCGUUGACCUAUAUUCCGGACGAUCUGUACUCCGCCCAAAACUUUGGUGUCUUUGGACUGGAGUGGUGGUCGAAUCCGAGUAAUCGCGGAGAAGGUUUCAUCACGUGGUCCAGUAAUGGAGUAGAGAGCUGGAGUAUCGACAGCGCCGUCGUCGGAGCCGAUAACAAUGUGCAGAUCAGUCAGCGCCUAAUUCCCGAAGAGCCCAUGUAUUUGAUCCUCAAUUUGGGAAUGUCUCCGGGUUUCCAGCAUUCCAACUUCGAUGCCAUGCCUUUCCCGAGUCAAUACCUCGUGGACUAUGUCCGCUUCUAUCAGCGUGAAGGCGUCGUCGACGGUGUAACUUGUGAUCCUCCGCACCAUCCGACGCAGGAUUACAUUAACAGGCAUGCCAACGCUUACACGAACCCAAAUUACACGAUCUGGGCGGAUGCUGGAUACACAUUCCCAAAGAACUCGAUCCUGGGAUGCUGAAUGCCAUUGUACGACCUGCCUAUAUAUCCGCGAACAUUCGCUCUCAUACUCACUUAUUCUACGGACGGACCUAGUAAUGACGCAUUAGAUGUACUCUCAUACUUCAUUCGCAUGUUUCUCGUGUAUCAUCGAGACAAAGCCGAGAACGCUCAUUGACCAUUGCAUGCGACAGAAUCUGAGAGAGGGAUCUACUGUGGCAGUGGCUGCGGAUCUAAUCUGAUUCAGCAGUCUACUACGUACGUCCUCUCACUCUGACCUCGAUGUCGUCUGCCGAGGACGCACAAUCCAUCCACGCCAAGGCCGUCAAGACUGAAUUUGCUCAAGAUUAUGAUGCCGCGUUCAGAUUAUACAUCAAAGCUGCCGAGUCGUUUCUGCACCUGAGCCGCGCAGCUGCGCGGGAGGAAGACAAAGUCAAAUGGAAGGGGAGCGCGAAGAAAGCUCUGGAGAGGGCGGAGAGGAUCAAGGCUGUCAUCGAGCACCGCAAGACCGGCGGCACAAGCUCGAGUGAUGCCAGGUUGACCCCCGUCGGGGUGGAUUAUUUCUCGCAGGAGGAGCAGUUCUACGCGUUGAAGAAGGGCGGGGUGGUCAAUGGCCGAGUGUUUCCUGCGUGGGACGAGCCGGUGGCCCCGGACAGCGGGAACGUGUCAGUUCUUGGCGGGGACGUCGAGCUCUCCGCUGAACAACUGAAAGUCUCCCCGAUCUGGCAGAAGAAGGGCCCCCUCAACGAGAAUAUCGUGUUGCGGCCCCAGGACAUAUUGCAGCAGAUCAUCACCGACUGUUCCCUGUCAGCCUCGCUCUCAGUCUGUUUAGAGUAUGCCUCGCGAUCAGGCAUCCCUUUCAGACCUUGCGAUGCCGGAGGAGAGACGUUUCGCUGUCCGCUACAUAAGGUGGCCGAAUGCGACGACAGGUAUGACUUGCGUGUGUUGUUCAACGGGGCUUGGCGCAGGAUCAGGAUAGACGAUAGACUCCCUUGUGACCCAGCGACCGGAGCCUUGGUCUGCAUGGCGACCUCCGGCAAUACUGUCGCAUUCCCAAGUUUUGUGGAGAAGGCUUACAUGAAGCUGAUGGGAGGAUACGACUUCCCAGGAUCAAACUCGAGCAUUGACUUGCAUGCUCUUCUAGGCUGGAUACCAGAGCACAUCGCGAUCAAGAGUUCGAAUUUCGAGCGUGAAACCACGUGGCAGCGAUUGUUGAAUGGUUUUGCCUCCAAUCAAUGUAUGGUGACUUUGGGAACGGGGAACGAGUCCCAUAUUCGCUGGCGCGGCGUCAGUCUGCUAAAUGCGCAUAGCUACGCGGUCAUUGCCGUGAGUGAAGAUGAAAACGGACGACGUUUGACGAUUCUGGACUCUUGGACGGGCGAAGCUUCACAAGCAGCGUCAUCUCUGGAGAUGUCUUGGACAGACAGCCUGGAUGUAUUUGACAGCAUCUAUCUCAGUUGGGAUCCACACACAUGGCCAAAUACGGCAUCCUUGCACGGGACUUGGAGGAAGCAACCGUCGGCUGGGGUAUCGCAUGUCACUCGCACUCACCGACUCGCUUUCGAAAGCGUUCCCGAUGAGAGGGAAGUGUGGGUCUUGUUGACCCGCCACGUGGCAGAUUCGCGAAGCACGACAGAUUUUGUCUCUCUGCGGGUGCAUCGUGAAGAGUCGGCAGCAGAAUAUUGUGCUCUGGCUAUGAAAAGCAAAUAUAGUAAUAGUCCACACGUCCUGACCAGGACUUCGAUUCCGGCCCAUACCGCGGGCAACUUGCUGGUUGUCGCUUGUUACGACGGCGACGCCGCUCAAAUUGGCUUCACUCUCGCAGUAUACGGGGCAGACAUCAGCUGGGAUCGACAAGUCCUUCCGCCUCCGAUUUCCAUCAAGGUUAACGGCGUGUUCACAAGCAAGAAUGCUGGCGGAAACAGCUCCCAUCCGACGUUUAUGAACAACCCGCAAUAUCACCUGCGCAUACAUGCACCAAAGAACCCAGCUUUGGGGCGCAAAACAGAGCUAGUAUUGACUAGCCAGACACGACGAGAGGUUCCGAGCAAUAUCGCAGUGGUGUGGUCUCAGGGCGAGCGUUGUUCCGAAUUGGCACAGAAUGAUGUGGUUGCAUCCUCCGGUUCAUACGGUUACGGCUCCACACGACUCGCUGCGACUUUGCAAGCGGGAGACUACACUGUCAUCCUAUCUACGUUCGAGCCAGGACAACUGGGAUCCUUCUCUCUGGAAGCAGAAAGCAGCACGCUUAAAUUCGAUCUCAAGCCGAUCGCACAUGAAGGCGCGGGCAUGUAUAGCAAACAAGUCCGAGGAGAAUGGACCGCGGAAACGGCUAUGGGAGGACCCACUUUCAAACAGUACAUGCAAAACCCCAGACUCGAACUCAAAACGGAGGUUCCCAACGAUAUCAUGAUACGUAUUCAGCUUGUCCAACGGCCCCAGGUCACUCCAGUGAACGUUACCGUCUUCCCAGCGUCGCUUUCGCUCGGACAGCACGUGAUGACAUCCGGGCCCUACAGUGAUUCCCUUGCUGGCGCGAUUACGCCGAAGGUCAGGUUGGCGGCCGGCCAGUACUGGAUCCUUCCGUCAACAUACUCCCCGGGCGUUGUAGGGUCAUUCCACAUUCUGAUAUACAGCAGCUCGCCAGUCGAGGUCAUCGACAGGUCAGCAGGAAUUCGUUGACGCGUUUAAGCGUGACACGAGCGGGAUUGGCUUCGGGUCGGCUGGCGACGAUCCAUUCCAGUCUCGUUCGGAUGGUUUGUUUAUUUGCGGGUCCUGGACUGCCAUUCAGUUCAGAUGACGUGGGGGGGAUGGAUAUGAUCGCACUGGGUUCCGCCGUGAAAUCACCCUGGUCGUCAAAGAACGACUGUAACACAGCCAGUGCGACUCCAGGACUCGUGUCCACUCCGUCUCGACAUGCAAUACACAGUCGCAGUCCACUGGAGAGAUUUUUCUUGGCGAACGCGAUGGCUUGGGGAAGCACUUGUUGAAGGAGAUGCAGCUGUCCUUUCUUCCCGGGGGCAAGGGCAACUGGAGUGUCACUGCAGACGUAGACACAGCUUUCUCGUAAAUGAUGAUAUACGCCGUGUCCGCUUCCCACAGCGUCAGAUCUGAGAUGGCGGCGAUGCUGAUCCGACCCUGCACCCGCUCAAUGCGGCUGAGCUUGCAGAGACUCCCAGCAUCCUGUACACGAUUGGCGACCAAUGUCUGCACGAGCUGGGGGAGUUCGAGCCUCGACGCGUUCAAAAGUUCAGAUUGAUGCCGCCAAAAGAUGUCUGGAUCGAGACCCUGGAGCCGAUUUUGCGAAGUGUGAGGCAAAAUACUCGCGCCCAACGCAACAGCACGACGCACCAUGCCCCAUAGCUCGUGAUCGUCCCCUGAGCCCUGGACGUAUGCGUACCCUCCGGUCCUCCGGUCGAGGGCAGCCUGACGCGAUGCAGACACACAGAUGACGGGGAUACACUCGGAUGGCGGGGACGGAAACGCCCCCGAGGCGGGGGUGAUCCACAGCGGACGAAGUGGCCGCGGUAGAUCCGGGAGGGUGUAGGACGACGCCUGUGAGAAACGACAUACGAAGCGCACGCGAUCCGCCAGGUGCAGACGUACCGCCAGCCCGACGGCCCACGACUCCACGCGCGCAGCGAUCUGAUCGUGCUCCUGCGCGCUGACGGCCCCGGGGGGAGUGUACAGCCCCGUUGUCGUUUUCCACGUCCGCGCUUCCUCUUCCUCAGGAAAGCGGAGGGCUACGGCGCGGUUGACAACGGCGCACCAGAUCGGCACGGUCUUGGACAAAGCGUCAGGGAUCCGUUUUCCUGCUCGCGUCGAAUCGACUAGGAUGAGUCUGCGGAACUUGGUCAGAUGUGAUCUAAGGUCCAGAAGAGAAGGAAACGCGCCCUGUGCCGUUAUUUGCGGCUGCGAGGGGCACCAGGUGGAGGUUCGGUCGGCGGA